AUCCACACCGACGGAUGCUGUCUACACAAUGACGAAGAAGGAAUCAGAGCUGGUUAUGGUCUCUACUAUGGUCCGAAGGAUUCCAGAAACAACGGAUUUCGACUUUCAUCAUCUGAACCUCAGACGAACCAUAGGGUGGAGUUGGCUGCUGUUCUUCAAGCUCUGGUCGAUAACCCGGCUUUGCCGCUGACGAUCUGCACCGAUUCGCAGUAUGCCAUCAACUGUGUCAAGGUCUGGUGGGAAAAGUGGGAGGCUAACGGGUACCGAAACACAAAGGGGAAACGAGUCGAAAACGACGACUUGGUGCGUCGCAUAGUAGAGGAGACCAACAAGCGGCGUAGAAAGUCUCUAGCUACAGAUUUCAUACUUGUGCCGGCUCGUUCUGGGGUGACAGGGAACCAAAGAGCUAAAUUAUUGGCU